GUAAAGUGUAAAAAUGCCCGCCAUCACAAACAACAAAUGUAACUUCAAAUUAUAAGACGACUUUAAAACAAAAUGGACUUUUUUCUACCGUCAGACAUCGCCAGAGUUGUACUUAGUUACCUGAGAGACAACAGUUAUUACAAGACAUACACCUGCUUUAUGAAAGAAUGUUCCCUGCUACAAGAAUAUUAUGCAUUGAUAAAGAUGGGCCGAAAUCCACAACUGACACAUCUACCUCAGCUAACUCUCCUGCUAGAUGAAUGGGGACGAUUAAAACAAAAGGAGAAAUCUUCCAGAGAUUCCUACUGCAGCCAGCUGAGUACCGGUAGUUCCCCUGAUGGCACUCUAGUAGGCGACAAUGAUGUCACCAAGUCUCAGAGAAAAUCACCUCUUAAGAAAAACAGAACUCUUUCUGGUGGUAAAAAAGUUCAACCUGGCAGCAGUGAUAAGUGUAACAAUAGGGCAGAAACACAGAUAUGUCAGUUAGACAGGGGUGACCAAAAAACUACUAAUCAUUCCCCAAGGAAGCAUGAAGCUCACUUCACAUUGCCAAAGAAAGUUUUGUUUUCACCUAAAAGACCUUCAGUCUCUUCGGGGACUAGCAGCUCAAAAAGAAGCCCUGAAAAAAGAAAUUCUGAUUGUAAGAAAUCUGACUCAAGCCUUUCAGUGAGAUUGCAGUCAUGCACCCCUGCUAAAUCAUAUGAAACAUCUGGAGCUGACAGUUGCCCAAGCAAGACUAGUGCUUCUCCUCAUGACAAUGUUAACACGUGUUCAAGUUUAAAUGUUAGUGUUAAAGAUUCACCCACUGUUAAUGAUUUUAAUUUGUUAAGAACUUCUAACCACACAGUAAAAGUGGAUGCCUAUGAUGAUGUUUCCAAAGAUUCCAAACAGGUUUCAAAAGAUGUCAAAAGAGACCCGUCACCUGUUAAGUCUUCUAGACGUGUGGAAAAUAAUGAUUCAACUAAAACGGUCAUUGCCACCCCUGAGAAGUCGGAUACCCACCGAGUGUUGUUGGACAGUCACAUGGUCACACCAAUAAAACUCUUAAUGGACCACGAGGCCUCGACACGGUCACCUCGCAGGAAAAAGCCGAAGACUCCUAGAAAAAGAGCGAGUGACCUGUCUCCGGUAGAGGCCUCCCACAGCAUCAAGCAUAUAGAGGAACAGCCAAUAUUCCAGCAAAUCCUGAGUGACACAAGACUGCACGAGAAAAUUGCGCAGACCUGUAAUUCUGUUGUCACCAAAAGUGUGUUCAAGAAAGGUCCAGUUGCCAUGGAGACAGAGUCACGGUCGGAGGUGAAGGACACAGAACACAAACUGACCGCGGAGGAACUCGAGACCAUCACAGCCUCACGCUCACUGGAGGAAAUACUCGAAAUAGGUGCCAACUUCGAAACUAAAGUCCUGCACGAGAAAUUGGACAUGAGCGACCCAGUUUACGAGUCUUUGUUUAAGUUGUUUGGUACAGAUCGAGCAACAUUCAUGGAAGGCUUUAAGAAGGAGCGAUCUGAGGCCGAGAUGAAAGCUGAGAUUGAGGAGCUGGAGCGGAGUAUUCAUGAGAUCCAUGAGGAGUGUGCGAGUAUGGCGGCUAACUCCCCCCACUACCUGGGUUCACAGGAGGACUUGUUCUCCCCUGCACCCUCCUUCCCACUUGAGGGUAUACAGAGGCAACAUGAAGGACUGGUCACCUCAACACCCUGUGCAAGCUCUGCACCCAUCAACUUCACACCAAUGCUCAGAGGAAAUGAGUUGGGUAGUAGCCCGAUACAUUCUGCUGGGUCCAGUGGGAAAAAUCUCAGUAGCACACCAGCCACCCAGCCGUUCAGCCCUACUGGGCAGACAACCCAGUCUAGUGGAGCAUCACAGUCACAUUCUCCUGGGUACCAGUCUGAGAACCCCUAUUUACAUAGCAAUCCUGCUACACCCAUCUCCCAGGACCUGCUCCACUCUGAACCUUCCACUCCCAUGCAGCUCUCCAGUCCCAGCUCUAACCAGCAGCUUCAUUCGACUCCCCAUGGACCAUCCAGUGUGAGGCUACAUUCCCACGCAUCUUCACCCAUCCAUCCACAACAUGCCACCAUUUCUAGCAAAAACAUCCCAUCCAACUGCAGUCCGCUGGUAAAAGCUGACAUCCAUCCAGGCAGUCCUAUCAUGAGGCAGACAAACGGGCCACAUGUAAGGAAAACCAUUCUGCAGCCGGGGGAUAGUAGUCAGUCGUAUUUUAGCUCCUACAGACCAAAACAGACUACAACCAACACGAAAACUAACUCAGAUUUUCAUCUUCUAAACCCCCAAGAUUCAGGUUAUCUGAACCUGUUGAGUGAUGCGGCGGACCUAUGUACAGUUGACACCGCGUCCCUGGCUCCUGAAGGGUCCGCGUAUACCAGCACCUGCUCCACCAUAGAGAACACUAUUGAUUGCAUCAGCUUGCCUCGUCCCAACACCACGACUGUCGGGGCCCGGGCUCAUGGGCAAGGAAAGGGCAAGAAGGGAAAACUGCGCAAAAAUGGGAAAAAAGGGUCCAAGAAGAAUCGAUCAUUCUCCACACUUAAGAGCCUCCUAUCUAAGCCUCAGACGGAGAUGAGCACACAGCAGAAUGUCCUCAAACCUGCAUUUGUACCCCUGCAGAUGACACCGAAGAAACUUGAGCAUGCUAUACAAAGCAAUCAGAGUAUUACCAUACUGUCUCCUGGCGGCUCUAAGAUUGAUGUUCCUAUCUUGGGCUGUCAAGAUGCUGCUGAACAACAGGGCAAUGCUAGCCUUGCUAAAACAGAUCUGAACAAUGCCAACACUAUUAAUAUGUGGAAUCAGAAUUUAAAUUCCUGUACACAGUACACCAUUAUGCAGAAUGGUAAUGUGAUUACAACUAAUGCUACUAUUAACCUAGUGCCAACAGUUACUCCAGUUGUUAAUCAGAAUAUUGAAAACACUGAAUCGGGUUUGGAUGCAAAUGGUAAAAAGAAAAGAGGAAGGAAGAAAAAGUCAGAUGAUUCCAAUUCACCGAAUAAAAACCAGAAUCCACAAAGUCAGGGCACUAAGAACUCUCCAAAUGGAAAUAUUUCUCAAUCAAAAGAAUUCGAAUUUGAUAUGAGUGAAAAACUUAUUGCAACUCCAAUAACUCACAAUAAUGUUUUUGAUAGGGCCCAUGUGAGAAGCUUAGACUUUGGACCCUUAGCCAUUCAGGAUGAAUUGGGUAGCUUCCGGAAGAUCUGUCCAAAACCCCGGGAACAAGUAACUCCACAAGUCAUUAUUGUCCAUGCAAGUAAUCUGAUGCCAGCUACAUGUCAACAGAAUUUUACUCCCACAAGUGCAAUAUCUAGUACUAAGGCUAUUUCACAACUUGGAAGUAUUAAGCCAAUGGAAACUGGUGAUAAUGCUGAAGCAGUUGAUCCAGAAGAAACAAAUUUAAAUAAAACUGAACUCAUUGUUGAAAGAGAUGGAGAAAAGGAGAAAAAUAACCCAAGUGAAAAAGCUGAACAUGGCACUGAUGAAAAACAAGACAAUAAUGAAGAUGACGAGAUGUCACCAUCUUCCAGAAAUUUAAGAUCAGUGAAAAAGCCAGAUAUAAAGAAAAUAGAAAAUUCGGCCAACAGUAAAGAUACAACCACUUUUAAGCCCAAGCUUGUUGUGUCGAAAGCAAAGAAAGUCACUAAGUCCAUCAAAAAUAGAAAAUCAGAAGACAGAUUACUAGUCAAACUUCCUGUACAUAACAAGGACAGCACAGAAACAGAUAAAAGCAGAAGUCCAAAAAAGAGGAGUUUGAAUCUGUUCAAGAAGAAAAGUGAACUGGACCAAAGCAGCAGUCCACAGGAUGAUGAUGUACCUCUAGCUACUCUGCAAAAGAAGAUAAGAGCAGAUAGUCAUUGUGAUACAAAGGAAGAUGAAGAAGAAAGUCUCAUUCCUGUCGUAGAGCCUUGCACACCAAAGAAGGCUUCACCAGAAAAAGUGGAGUUCACUCCAAGCAAGGAGGAAAUGUUAGAAAAGGUUGGAUUAACACCAACCAAGAGCCUGUCUGAGACAGUCCUGUCGCCUAGGAGAGCUAGUAUACAAGAAAUGUUACAUGACUGGCAAAAGAAGAUUACACCGAAUACAAGAAGCAAGCAGAAAAAGCUUGAAGAAUUGAUGAAAUCCCCCUUAACUCCUCCAAGGCGAAGAUCUCUGUUUAAGUCUCCAACAAAAAAUACGGAGAAUUUAGAUCAGAAAGGAAUUGAAAAUGAUGAGAAAUCCAAUUGUAAAGCAUCUGAAUAUGAAGAGAAACCUAAUGCAGGUAAGACAGCACAGAAAACAGCAAAGAGGGUGAACAGUAUUAUAGAUAAACUGUACAGACAUAAUCCAAGCAUGGUAUUAGGAACAAACAAUGAAGAAAUCAUAGACACUGAACAUAAGACAGAUCCAAAGAAAAAAGUGAACAGAAAGAAAACCAGCUGCAGUGUGUCUUCUGAAAAGCCAGUAGUGAAGGAAAUCCAGAUAAAGGAUGAAAUGAAAGAUGUAACUGUGAAAGAAGUUAAGGAUAAAGUUUCUACUGAAGUGAAGGCUAAACAUGUACAUUUUACUGAUGAUUACUCAGAGACACAUUCUGAACAACAGACAUUAUAUGUCAAAUUGUUUGGUUACGAGUCAGAAAACGAGGAAAAUAUUGAAGUUCCUGACAGAGAGGAAUUGGAAAAAAGCAUCAGUAAUUUGGUAGAUAUUAUGGAAACAGAAAGUAUGAAUCCCCAGAUAAACGAAGCUGAAUAUGAAAAAAAUACAAACAUUAACUGCCAAACUGUUGAACAUUCGUUACACAAUGAAAUGAUAGUUACUGCAGAGGUACAUCGAUCUGCAGAUGAAAAUUGUGAUGGUUCGGCUUUGCAGUGUGUCAGAGUUCCUGGCGAAGCUGAAAAUUCUGAACAUUCAACGAAUAAACAAGAACCUAAUGAUCAGGUCUUGACUCAUUUAGAAUCUGAGGAUCCAUUACCCCCAUCUGUAGCUGUUCCUCAAUCUGAUCAACAUGUGGACAUUGAACAAAGGCAAAGUGACAUAGCACCGGUGUUGACUAGCCAAGUAGAUGUCACAGACACCACUGUAGAGAAAAGUUCCACUCAUAAGAAGAAGAAAAAACACAAGCACAAACAUCGGCAUGAAAGGAGUAAGGAUAAAGGUUCUAAAGAAAAUGAUAGUGAAAAUGGUGAAGUUAAGAAGCCAAAAGAAAGACAUAGUGCAGAUGGAAGUGUGACGUCAGGAGGGAGCCAUCAUAAGAAGCACAAACAUAAACAUCGUCACAGGGAAAGUACUGGAGAAGACGGACAUAAACACAAACAUCGAGACUCCGGGGAACAUCGGCACAGUCACAAGAAAAAGAAGAGAAAGAGGGAGGAGUCACCUGGAGUGGAGGCUAAGCGACCCAAGUUAGAAGGAGAUAUAAGUCAGGAAAGUCUGGCAGAUCUGAACGUCGACGAAGUUCUCUCCAAGCUCUACAACUCCUGAACCAAUACUGAAGCAGCGUAAAAUACAUGUAGAUUUACAAACAUGUAGAUAGACAGUAUAAAAACUCAGGAAACACAUUAGUUCAAUCGCAAUAGCUGACAUAAACAAUAUGAAGAAACAAUUUUCAUGCAUUUAAAUGUCAACCCAGUUAUAAUUUUAGUCUUAAUUUUUAGCUCGACUUUUCAAAGAAUAAGGAGAGCUAUCCUAGUCACCGGAGCAUCAGCGUUACCACUUAUGUUUAAGUUUGCGUACCACCUCAAAUAUUUUCAAAGUCCAUUGACAUCAGGCUUUGAAAUUUCAGACACUUGUUCAACAUCAUGCCCCAAACCUGUACACAGGAGGAGGUCACUGUAUCAAGCAUUUUGACAGAAUUAUGCCCCUUUUUCGACUUAGGAUUUAUGUUAAAGUUUGCGUACCACCUCAAAUACUUUCAAAUUCAAUUUAUGUACAUAUCGCAGCACAUCAUGAUUUGCAUUGAAAUCUUAUCUAACAGUGAUUCAUGCAUGUUUCGCCAAAACUUUUCAACCAAAAGUGUGGAGUAGUUUGAGCGCGCUGUCUCUAUGUUUUGAACACUGACAUCUGGUUUUGUUAUUUUAUCAUUUAAUCAAACUAACCUACUUCUAUGAGCUCAUGUAUUUAAGCUUGAUACUUGGAAAGUAAUAAAUCAAAUACAUUAAGGUCAAUACUCAUUAUAACAGUGAACAUAAUGGGUUUUUAUACACUUAAAGAUGCACUCUUACUCCCAAAUAAUAUUAACCACAAUUAUUAAUAUUGUUUUAAUUUUCCAAAAAGAAGGAUGAAUAAAUGUUGAAAACAAUGGUUCUUAUGAAGGAUACCAAUUUAAUUUGGAAGAAAUGAGCUUAAAACAUGGUAUUUUAACCUUAUGAGACUAUAGUAGACCACAGUAAAUCUUUUAGCAUUCACCAAUCAUUUAAUACUUUUGCGCUUUCUGCUAUUAAAUACACGGUCACAAUCUUGUUAUGAGUAAUUAAUAUUUUCCAUAAAUACAUUAUUUAGUAAGUAGUUAAAGGUUUAUCAGUCAAAAUUUACGUUUGUUAUGCAUGUGUAUGUAUUGAUUUUGAAUAAGAGUGUCACUUUCACUAUAUACAAUUAUACAUAGAUCAUGUAACUAAUUUUAAAGUAAAGAUACUAAGUUUUAUUGUACGUGUUUUAUUAACAUUUAAUUCAUGUUUAAAAGGUACAUACUUAUCCUUGCAUGUGUAACAGAGCUCUGUUUGAGUAACAUCAUGAAUUCCUUUGAUUACGUACAAGGAUAAGUCUUGCGUGUUCUUGGCAAACAUUCAUAUGGAACUUUUUCUUAAGUCAGUGGAAGGACUUGGUGCCAGACAGACUCUACUCCAUAUAAAUAUAGAAGGAGCUAUGUCCAUCUUACACCAAGCCCUGAAUUAUGGAAACUUAAUGUGAAUUAUGAGUAGACGAAGGACUUUCUUUUUUGUUUAUAAGAAAAUAACCCUAGUGUUGCUCAUUUUAAAGCUGAGCAACAUUUUAAAGCUGUAUUUUUUCUGUAAAUAUUGUUAAAUGCGAAGAUAACUGUUGUUGUGUACAGGAUGUAAAUACUUCUUAUUUAUUUUAUAGCUUUUUGUUGUUACCAAUGUUGUGUUCUGAGUUCUUGAGCAAAAAAGGUGAACAAUUCUUCAGCAGUGAAUUGUAGAAAACUGAUUUUCCUUGGUUUAGUCAAAAGUUAGCCAAAAUGUUUAUUGCUCGUUCUGUAAGUAUCUAAUAGUUACAAGUGACCAAACAAAUCAUUUAAAUGUGCAAACAAGCCAAAAACUUUUGGAAAACUUAUCAAGAUCUGUAUCACUGAUCACUGGCAGCUUGUCAAUAUUUUCUGGGGGGGUUUUAUGCUCCAUUUUUUUCUUAAACUUGAUGUCUAUUUCUUUAUUUUCUUGCUUUCUGUUUAUUGCUGACAGUUAUAAUGCAUGUAGAGACUUUAUAUGUAAAUUUAAUAUGUAUUCUUAAGUUUGAAGAUGCACUGACUACUUGUUUAAGAGUUUUGAUUUGAAUUCCAGUAAAUAAAUAUAUGCAUUG